AUGGCGAGUUCAUCCAGCUCCUCAUCACUAGCCCUGCCUCGUCAACACGCUCCCCCGGUCCCUGCUGGAGCUGAGGCUACAGACUUGCCCUACCGCGAGCUACAAUCAACAGCCAAUUUCGAAGAGUUCACGGCAGAGACCACUAGCGGGCAAAUACUCAAGACUGUCAAGUCAAAUGCCACAGGGAAGAUCGAAGAUUAUAAGCUUGUUACGUUCACGGUUGGGGACCCGGAGAACCCAAAGAACUGGAGCAAAGCGUACAAAUGGUACUGUACGAUGGUGGUGGCUUUGACAUGCUUUGUGGUCGCCUUCUGCAGCAGUGUUAUCACAUCCGACUUCAAAGGCCUUAUGGAGGAGUUUGACAUAUCUCAGGAGGUCGCUUUGUUGACAAUUACCGUCUUUGUUAUCGGCUUUGGUGUUGGCCCAAUGGUUUUCUCGCCAGCAUCAGAAAUAUUUGGACGUAAACCAGUCUAUGUUUCUACUAUUUUUCUCGCCGUUAUAUUUAUCAUACCAUGUGCGGUCUCCAAAAACAUAGGAACUCUCCUAGCAUGCCGCUUAAUCGACGGAAUCGCAUUUUCUGCCCCAAUGACAUUGGUUGGUGGCACUCUGGCCGAUCUAUGGCGCACCGAGGAGCGAGGAGUCCCCAUGGCUGCCUUCAGCGCCUCCCCGUUCCUUGGACCAGCAAUUGGACCGCUGAUCGGAGGCUUUCUGAGUGACGCUGCAGGCUGGAGAUGGCUGUACUGGAUCCAACUCAUUUUCGCUGGUGUUGUAUUCCUUCUCAUCGCUUUCACCCUCCCCGAGACAUACACACCCACUAUUCUCGCAAAGAGAGCUAAAAAGCUCCAAAAGGAAAAGAACGACACUUCAUAUGUCACUGAGGCCGAUUUGGAUUCGCGUCUAAUGGGUGAAAAAUUACGCAUCUUCAUGAUCAGACCUUUCCAGCUCCUAUUCAUGGAACCAAUAGUUUUCUUCCUUUCUCUCUACAUGGCUAUGCUUUAUGGCCUCUUGUACAUGUUUUUCGUUGCGUAUCCAAUUGUCUACGAAGAAGGAAAAGGCUACACAGCUAGCACCACCGGCCUUAUGUUUAUUCCUCUAGCCAUAGGGGUAGUGUGUAGUGCAAUCUUUGCUCCCCUUAUCAACAAGCAUUAUUUGACCCUUACUGCAAAACACAACGGCAAGCCUCCAGCCGAAACUCGCCUUAUUCCUAUGAUGCUUUCUUGCUGGUUUAUCCCAAUAGGAAUAUUCAUCUUUGCCUGGACAUCAUAUCCUCAUCUCCACUGGAUUGGUCCUGCUAUCGGUGGCUUUCCGGUUGGAUUCGGCUUCAUUUUCCUCUACAACUCGUGCAACAAUUAUCUAGUGGACACCUACCAACACCAAGCAGCUUCUGCUCUUGCUGCCAAAACGUUUAUUCGCUCGAUAUGGGGUGCAUGCUGCGUCCUCUUCACUACCCAGAUGUACGACAGGUUGGGAAAGCAAUGGGCCAGCUCACUUAUUGCAUUUCUUGCUCUGGCGUGUUGCGCGAUCCCCUUUGUCUUCUAUUACAAAGGGGAUUCUAUUCGCCGGCAUUCAAAAUAUGCAUACGUUGAGGACGAGGAAAACUCUGAGAAAAAAUAA